AUGGCUGACCCGGGGGUAUGCUGCUUCAUCACCAAAAUCCUGUGCGCCCAUGGGGGCCGCAUGGCCUUGGAAGCGCUGCUCGACGAGAUGCAGCUCUCCGAGGCGCAAGUCUGCGAGGUGCUGGAAGAGGCCGGGCCCGACCGCUUCGUGGUGUUGGAGACUGGCGGCAAGGAAGGGGUCAUCCGGUCCGUGGUGGCCACCACUCGAGCCCGGGUCUGCCGUCGCAAGUACUGCAACAAACCCUGCGGAAACCUGCACCUCUGCAAGCUCAACCUGUUGGGCCGGUGCCACUAUUCGCAGUCGGAGCGGAAUUUAUGCAAAUAUUCUCACGAUGUUCUCUCAGAAGAUAACUUCAAGGUCCUGAAAAAUCAUGCACUCUCUGGACUGAACAAAGAGGAAUUAGCCGUGCUCCUUCUCCAAAAUGACCCUUUUUUUAUGCCAGAGAUAUGCAAAAAUUAUAAGGGAGAGGGUGGAAGACAGACCUGUAACCAGCAGCCACCGUGUGAAAGGCUCCACGUUUGUGAACACUUUACCCGAGGGAACUGUGGUUAUGCCAACUGCUUCCGGUCCCAUAACCUGAUGGACAGAAAGGUGCUGGCCAUCAUGAGGGAGCACGGGCUGAGGUCAAGUGUGGUCCAGAACAUCCAGGACAUCUGCAACAGCAGGCACCGCCAGAACAAACCCUCUGGGUGGAGAGCUCCUCCUUCACAUCGCAGAGACGCGGCGUACAGAGGCAGAAGCAAGAGCAGAGACCGGGGCAGCGGGGACUCUCUUCCAUCUGCUGCAGCUUCUGCCCAGAGGUCUUGCCCCCCCAGUCCAGAUCCCACCGGCCGCAGGUCUCCCCCAGAUGAUGGGCCUGUCAAGGAUCUUGCCCACAAGUUCACGCAUUUGGGAAGUCAGGAGUGCCCUCCGCCUUCCUCAGGCUCAUCUGCGGCGUCCAAUCUCGGAGGAACCAGUCAAGGGGGAGCAAGCCAGAGGUUUGCAGAGAAUGGCGGUCCAGAGGAUCUCUUCUAUGGUACUCACAGCAAUACUUACUUCACUUCUGAUUCGACAUCAGCUCCCAAGUGGAAGGGCCCCGCAUCCUGGCAGAAUGACCAAGACACUGGUAGAGAGAGUUUGUUUUCUUCCAGUCAGCCUGUCUCCUUCUCGCCUCUUGGUUCUCCACAAACACCUGAAACCAUCACCAACAGAAAGGGCACGGCCAUCCUUUCCUCGGACUGUGUGAAAACGGAGGGCAGACGUGGGAAUCAAGACAGCCAGCAUUUCCCGCGUUUUAAUAAUAACGUUGAUGGCAUGGCCACAAAUGCCACUUCCGUGAGAUUGUUAAAUUACAAAACCACAGCCAGUAAGCAGAGAGAAAAAUCGUUACCUAGGGGUCAGGACACCGGAGUGACUCGCAGCCAUCUGCAGGCCGCUGGCCAAAUGACAGCUGCCGACGAUGGGGCCAUGGCCUUUGUUAAUGAUUCUGUAUCUGACGUUGCGAGUACCGUUUGUUCUACGAGGGAUGAACAUGGCUCAAAUGAAAUUUGUCUUGACCAUCUGUAUAAGGGUUGUCAACUUAGCGGGCCGUGCAACAAAGUUCACUUCCACCUGCCCUACCGGUGGCAGAUGUUACUUGCAAACACCUGGAUGGACCUCCCACUCAUGGAGGAUAUUGAGAAGGCCUUUUGUGACCCCAAAAUCUGCACCGUUUCUAUUGGAAAUUAUAAAAUCAGUUUCCAGAAGAUGACUUGUGAUUAUAAUCCCAUCCGACGUCUCUCCACGCCUUCAUCUGUCACAAUGUCCAGUUCUCUCUUCACCACAAAAUGGAUUUGGUACUGGAGAAAUGGAUAUGACAAAUGGGUUCAAUAUGGAGAGAAGAAAGACAAUGAGCACAUUUCAAACAUCGACUCUUCAUACCUGGAGUCUCUUUUUCUAUCCUGUCCCAGGGGAAUUGUGCCAUUUCAGGCGGGUUCACAAAACUACGAGCUCAGCUUCCAAGGGAUGAUUCAGACAAACAUAGCUUCCAAGACCCAAAAGGAUAUCGUCAGGAGGCCGACGUUUGUGUCUCACUGGGAUGUGGAGCAGGUGAAACGUGGACAAGCCCAUCAGCAGGUGAGGACCCAACCAGAGCCUUUCACCUCGGUAUGUCGUCCUCAACGGGACGUGUGCAUCUCAUCCUCAAAUGGCUAUCAGAUGUUUGAGAUCAAUGGCUCUCUGGAAUAUGCCAAAGUGAGUGAGCAUUUUAAAGCUUCCAUGAAAAAUUUCAAGAUUGAAAAGAUAAGGAAGAUCCAGAACGCAAAGCUCUUGAAGGCUUUUGAAAGGAAGAAAAAGGAGAUGAAGAGAGAUGAGAAAAUCCUAUUUUGUGCAGUGAGACGCACCCAUGUAGAGUCUAUCUGUGCGAAUAAUUUUGACUGGGUCAUACAUGGAAUUCGUGACACCAAAUAUGGGAAAGGAAAUUACUUCACAAAAGAUGCCAUUAAUUCCCAUAAAAGUUGCCUGUGUGAUCCGAAAAACAUCGUUAUGUUUGUAGCCCGAGUCCUGGUUGGAGAUUUUAUUGAAGGACAUAAGGCUUACAUGAGCCCUCCUCUGCGGUAUGACAGCUGUGUGGAUACAAGGUUGAAUCCCUCUGUUUUUGUCAUCUUUCAGAAAGAUCAGAUUUACCCAGAAUAUGUGAUUGAAUAUACGGAAAUAGACAAAGCCUGCGUGAUUAGUUAG